AUGAAGUUUGGCCAGCAGCUUCGUCAGUCUUUGAUCAAGGACUACUACUGGCAUUACAUUGCCUAUGACGACCUCAAAGAUGCCCUCAAGAAACCUUUCGUGAACGGCAAGAACGGUGAUCGCGAACCCUGGACCGACGACGAUGAGGCCGCUUUCAUCCAGCAGCUCGAGGCAGAGCUCGACAAGGUCUACACCUUUCAAAAGCUCAAGAGCCAGGAGAUAAUAUCGAGAAUCAAGGCUGCCGAGGCCGAGGUCAAACAAGUGAUUGAACGGCAAGAGAACCAAACCUCGCCCGAUACCGAAAGCGACGACGACCUCGAACAGGACUUUGAUUUGCUUGAGGCCGAUCUCAGCGACAUAAUCGCCGAUGUCCAUGAUCUCGCAAAGUUUACCCAGCUGAACUAUACCGGUUUCCAGAAGAUCAUCAAGAAACACGACAAGCAAACCGGUCUGAUACUGCGCCCAUCCUUUGCGACCAGACUGAAGGCAAAACCCUUCUUCCAAGACAACUACGAUGCCUUCAUCGUCACCCUUUCCAAACUCUACGAUCUUGUCCGAACCCGAGGACACCCUGUGAAGGGUGACAGCUCUGCAGGUGGUGCGCAACAGAACUUCGUUCGCCAGACUACCAAGUAUUGGGUGCACGCGGACAACAUCACCGAGUUAAAGCUCAUAAUCCUGAAGCACCUCCCUGUCCUGGUCUUCAAUCCCAAUAAAGAGUUUGAUGAAAAGGAUUCUGCCAUUUCUUCCAUCUAUUAUGACAACCCAGAGACGUGGGAACUCUACGAGGGCCGACUGAAAAAGACGGAGGGCGCGGAAGCCAUUCGUUUGCGGUGGUACGGUGGCAUGGAGAACGAGACAAUCUUCGUGGAAAGAAAGACCCAUCGAGAAGAUUGGACUGGGGAAAAGUCGGUCAAGGCUCGGUUCACGCUCAAGGAGAAGAAUGUCAAUGCUUUUCUGGCUGGAAAGAUGACCGUUGAAGAAGCCUUUGCCAAGAUGAGGCGGGAAGGCAAGAAAAGCAUACAAGAAAUUGAAGACCUCGAGCAACUAGCUCGAGAAAUCCAAUAUCGGGUCAUCACUCGGAGGCUGAAACCCGUCUGCAGAUCAUUUUAUCACCGUACGGCCUUUCAGCUUCCUGGCGAUGCUCGCGUCCGCAUCUCCCUGGACACCGAGUUGACCAUGGUUCGAGAAGACAACCUGGAAGGUAGACAAAGAUCUGGCAACAAUUGGCGGCGCAUGGACAUUGGCAUUGACUGGCCAUUCUCGCAGCUACCUCCCGAGGACGUCGAGCGGUUUCCUUAUGCCGUCCUCGAAGUCAAAUUACAGACUCAAGCUGGUCAAGAACCACCUCAGUGGGUGCGUGAUCUGACCGCCAGCCAUCUUGUGGAAGCUCUGCCCAAGUUUUCCAAGUUCAUCCACGGUGUGGCCACAUUAUUCCCGACCCACAUCCAUCUCCUCCCAUACUGGUUUACGCAGAUGGAUGUUGACAUUCGCAAACCAAUUACCCACCGAUUUGGCAUUGAACGGCCGGCCAACGUGGCCAGCUACUCCACUAGUGACGUUGAUGAAGACGAAGUAGAUUCCGAUGAGGAACCAGGAGAUGGUCAAACCACGGGAAGAACCACCCCGUUUGCGGACGGGUCGACGGAUGGCGAUGAUGAACAGACGAGAAGGCUGAAGGCUGCUCGGCGAGCUCUGCAUGAGCACAGCCGUGUGCAAGAGAGAGAUGGCCAAGAGAAUGGAGAUGCCGGUGCUGCCCCAGGGAAUUCAUUGGACGAGGAAGAACGUGUUGCUGCGCUUCCUCUGACCGAUGAAGAUUACAUUUAUGACUCGGAAGCGGACGAAGAGGGCAACGAGCUCGAAGAAGCCCGUCGUUCAAAGUCUUGGAAGUUUUACCCCUUGCUCUUGAACCAUCACAUCCAACAAGCAGGCAAUGCGAUCCUGUACUCCUGGAAGAAAAUCCCCACCUCGACUCCUCUACCACAAAACGGCGGUGUCGGCAGCGUCAACCCAGUGGGCGGCCAAAUCCAGGUCAAGCGAUUCAAAGCACCGGCUGGUAAACGAAUCCAUGUUCCUGUCCGCAUCGAGCCGAAAGUGUAUUUCGCCGCGGAACGGACGUUUUUGUCUUGGCUGGAGUUUAGCAUCAUUCUGGGAAGCAUUGCGGCCACUCUACUCAAUUUCGGAGACGGAGUCAGCCUCGCCUCGGCGUGGGGUUUUACCAUCGUUGCAAGCGCGGCGUUGGUGUAUAGUGUGGUCAUCUAUUAUUUGCGUGUGCAGAUGAUCCGGCAACGCAGGGCUAGUAUUUCGCGAUACUAUGACAAGUACGGCACCACGGCAUUGUGCAUAGGGCUACUUGCCGCGACGGCGGUCAGUUUUGCGUUCAGAAUCAGAGAAGACGGUUGGUUUCAAUGA